AUGACCGUCUCUUUAGGUGAAGCCAUUUAUAUCGCUCUUAAACCAAUUUUAAAGAUCUACCUAAUCAUUUUCAUUGGUUUCAUUUUAGCUAGACUCAACAUUAUUUCACUAGCAAACUCAAAAUGUAUUUCAAGUGUCAUCGUGAAUUGCUUAUUGCCAUGUCUUACAUUUAGUAAGAUUGUCCUAUACAUAUCUUGGAAAGAUAUCAAAACUGUUGGAGUCAUUAUCCUUUCCGCCCUGGUCAUGUUUGCUUUCGGUGCCUUCGGUUCACUUGUCAUAAAUAAAGUGUCUCCCGUUCCAAAACAUUUCUUCUGGGGAUUAAUAUUUGCAGGGGCCUUCCCAAACAUUUCGGAUAUUCCUAUUGCCUAUGUUGAAAGUAUAAGUAAUGGUGCAAUAUUCUCUGAGGAGACUGCUGAAAAGGGUACCGCAUACUCUUGUAUAUUUUUAUUCAUUCAAACAUUCAUGACAAUGAAUUUGUCAUGCUGGAAAGUGCUUGGUUGGGAUUUUAAAGAUGAAAUGGAUACUGAUGUCAAUGAUAUAGAAAGCAACAAAGCAAAUACUGGUAACGAUGCUUCUAUUCAAGUUCGUCCGGAACAUGAUAUGAAUGACAGUCAUAGUACAUUAAAAAGUUUUGAUUCUUCAAAUGGAAGAUUCUCUGACGAUAUGGAAAAGAUGGGCUCUCAUGACAGGAUAGGCAGAACUCAUACUGAAAUUAGUAGCUCACAUUCAAAAUUGAAUGAAUCUUUACACGAUUUUAAUGAGAAAGAAACUAACAACAAUGGUAACGGUCAAUUUGAAGGAGAUCUGACUUCAGAACAACCUUCCAAAUCAUCUAGAAUUACAAGAUAUAUUCCAUACUCACAAACUAAGCAUUUUUUCAAGAAAAUAAACCAUUCAACAUCCAAUUUUGUGCAGAAACAUCAUUUAGGCUGGUUUUCUGAUUUUCUAUUAAAUUUUAUCAGUCCAAAAGCUUUAGGCUGUUUACUAGGUAUAAUUGUGGCCUUGAUCCCCUGGUUACAGGCAGUUUUUUCUACAUCAUAUGUUCAUGUUCAUCAGGCCCCUGAUGGAGAAGCUGUUUUAAAUUUCGUAAUGGAUACAGCAGAAUACUUAGGUCAGGCAUCUGUGCCAAUGGGUUUGCUUUUGCUAGGAGGUAGUCUAGCUCGUCUAGAAGUUCACAGAAUGUCAAAGGGUUAUCUCACUUCUGCUGUGUUAUUUACCAUCUUAGAGCUAGUCUUGGGUCCCAUUAUAGGUGUCUUAUGGACAAAUAGGCUAUACAAGAUUAAUUGGCUAGAUACAGAGAUUGAAAAGUUCAAUAUGAUCAUCACAUGGGCCAUGCCAUGCUCUACGUCCCAAAUCUACUAUACUACGUACUUUACACCUGUGAAUGGACCACAUCAACAACUAGAUUGCUUAGCAGUCCUUUACAUUUGUCAGUACGCUGUUCUUUUCAUAAGUUUAUCCAUCACCGUCACCUACGGGUUGAAGGUCAACCUAGGACUCUAG